UUCCGCGUUACGAGGCCGAGUUCAAAUCGAGUUCUGAUACGAAACAGCCUUCUACAAAAUCCCAACUGGAAAAUGUAUAACCAAACGUACGACGACGAAACGCCUAUACCCCUAAUUGCAAACUAUACAGUAGUCAAAGGAAACGAGGAAGAUGACAAGAGGGAGGCCGAAGAUCGGGUUAUUCUAGAAAUAGGGAAAGCAGACGAUAAGCCGAAGGAAGAACUGACGUUCAGCCAUAAGAAGUAUGAUAAGACGACGUCGCACCACCGGUCUUAUGUGUUGGAGGAUUAUUCGGAGACGAGAAAAGUGACUUAUUUUAGGCCGCAUGAAUUAGAAACCAGUCAAGAAGCACCACCACCGACCUAUGGGGUCGGCUACCCUCCCUAUAAAGAGUACGCUCCUCCCAAAGACUAUGCCUCUUCUCUCACCUCCCUGCCAGAUACGGUGCACUCUGAAUCCUCGCUGGACUUUUCUCAUGAGGAUGUAAAACCCGAAGCCGAUGAGAAACACUGGAAGGAACGUGCGCUGCAGCUUGAAAAAGAGUACAAAAAGACUGCAUGCGACCGCGAGCGCACACGUAUGCGCGACAUGAACCGCGCGUUCGACCUGCUUCGGUCCAAGCUGCCCGUCACCAAGCCCACCAAGAAAAAGUACUCCAAGAUCGAGUGUCUCAGGAUUGCAAUCUGUUACAUCCGCCAUUUGGAGUUCAUGCUAACGGACAGCGCCGGCGCAGAGGACAGUACCUUCUUUGAACUGAAUGCUGACUUGCGACGGCGGCAAAGGUUCUAAUCUUCUGAUAAAUUAAGGACUUCUUACGAAGAUUUCUUAUAUUGACCUACCAUUUCCUAUCUCUAUCGCACACGCAUAAUUAUGUUGCUGUCCCGCCCAUGAUGUCGGCGGUUAAUGCCACUGUGCAAGCGGGACAGUAAUAAAAUUAUGCGCCAAUGGUAGAGAUAGAAAAUUGCGGGUGAAUUUACGAUAUUUUUCGGGCUUGGCUACGAUAUUGCCUAGGGUGGGCAUAGAAAACAAACUAUCGAUUUUUCGAAUCAAUUUUUUUUUCUUGUUUUGCUGCUGAGUGUAUGCAUUAUGAAAGAUUUACGGAUAGUCAAUAUACCUACUACGUCGCGAGCUGCACCACUUAGUUGCAUCCGGAUGGAAAAUAGCUAGAAUGAUUUUUUUUUCACAUUUUCCUUCAUAAUUUUUUUUUGCUAUGAAAUAAAAGAAAAAAUGUUAUGGAAUGUCCAAUUUGAGCUCUUCCUGGAGCGCCAUCUCGUUUAUCGGUCAAAUUCGAAGCACGAAAUUUUCUUAGAUUUUACGCAUCUUACUCAAUCAAUGUAACUUUGGCGUAAGUCAAAAGAAAGUCGAGCCUCCAAAUAAGGACUCCGUCAACAAUUUUGUACGUUUUAUUUAAAUACUAGCGGUAAAGAAAAAAACGUUAUUGUAUGAAUUAUACGUAGACACAAUUUGUUUUUGUUUUUGUAAAAAAAAAUUAGAGUUGUCUGAAAAGGACUCAAGCAAGGGUAUACAAAACUCUCUAAAGAGCUGAAAAAAAUUCGAGUUUCGUCUUACACGAGUUUGAAUUACAGGGUUUUAACCUUUUAAUCGCUUAGAAUUUUUCAUCGAGCGUGUUCGUGUCGCCGCUGAUACGAAGUUACACGAAGUUUUGUCAGACUGCGGCGAAAUGAGCUGGAUAUCGUACGAGUAUCAGACUAGGUACGUACGGCGUAACGGCGGCGGCUGCGUGGCGGCGGCGUAGGUACGGCGGUUAAAAGGUUACCCAACAUUAGAUAAUUUAUACUCGGUAAAGGAUUUCAAAUACUUUCAGACCACUGACAAAAGUGACAAAUAGUAAACGUGAAUAAAAACUUGUAAACUGUA